AUGCAGACGUUUAAGGAAUAUUCAAAACACCUUGAAACGCACAAGGAACAAGGUUUAUACAAGUGCACUUGGUCCACAUGUGGAAAGAAAUUCCUUACCUCAAAGGGACUUCGAGAGCAUUACGAAAAACAUCAAACUAAAUCUCAAUGUGAAAUUUGUGGCAUAUUCUCUUCCAAGCGUGCACUACUAAAGCACAAGCGGACAUAUCACGCUAUUAGGGGGCAUACGUUGGUAGAUACACGAAACCAUCACAUUGCCGAUCAAAGCUUAUUGGGUAAACAAGAUCAUUCGGGCAACGAGUAUUUCUCAAAACAUUUUAAUAUUACAACAGUUAUUUUACAGAUGUUGAAAAGUAUGAGUGUCCACAUCCCGAUUGUAAUGCGAUCAUCCAGGGCAAAAGCGAAUAUUUAA